AGGCGCUCAGUCCUCUGUGCUCCAGCCUCCUGCAGGGACCGCGGGGAGUGCUCCUCCUGCAGAAAGGACGGGAGCCUCCGGGAGUGGGCAGAACAUGCGCCAGGCCCAACAGAGCUGAGCACAGAAGCCCAGGGACAUCACCUCUCCAGGGUUCUCAGGGUUCACACGUGGUGCUUAGACAAACUCAAAAUGAGGAAACACCGACAUUUGCCCUUGGUGGCCAUCUUUUGCCUUUUUCUCUCAGGCUUCUCAUUAACUCGUGCGCAGCAACAAGCAGAUGUCAGAAAUGGUGCCGCUGCCGAUAUAAUAUUUCUAGUGGAUUCCUCUUGGAGCAUUGGAAAGGAACAUUUCCAACUUGUUCGAGAGUUUCUAUAUGAUGUUAUAAAAUCUUUAGCUGUGGGAGAAAAUGAUUUCCGUUUUGCUCUGGUCAAGUUCAACGGCAACCCACAUACCGAGUUCCUGUUAAAUACGUAUCAUUCCAAACAAGAGGUUCUCUCUCAUAUUUCCAACCUGUCUUAUAUUGAGGGAAGCAAUCAGACCGGAACAGGAUUAGAAUACGUAACACAGAACCACCUCACUGAGGCUGCUGGAAGCCGGGCCAGGGAUGGAGUCCCUCAGGUUAUCGUAGUGUUAACUGUUGGACACUCGGACCACCGCCUCGCUCUGCCCCCAGCGGAACUUAAGUCUGCUGACGUUAACGUGUUUGCAAUUGGAGUUGAGGAUGCAGAUGAAGGAGCCUUAAAAGAAAUAGCAAGCGAACCAUUCAAUAUGCAUAUUUUCAACCUAGAGAAUUUCACCUCCCUUCAUGACAUAGUAGGAAACUUAGUGUCCUGUGUGCGUUCAUCCGUGGCUCUAGAAAGGGCUGGAGGCACAGAGACCCUUAAAGACAUCACAGCACAAGACUCUGCUGACAUUAUUUUCCUUAUUGAUGGAUCAAACAACACCGGAAGUGUCAAUUUCACAGUCAUUCGCGACUUCCUUGUCAAUCUCCUUGAGAGACUGUCAGUCGGAGCUCAGCAGAUCCGAGUGGGGGUGGUCCAGUAUAGCGAUGAGCCCAGAACCAUGUUCUCCUUGGACACCUACCCCACCAAGGCUCAGGUUCUGGAUGCGGUCAAAGCCCUUGGGUUCAUUGGUGGGGAGUUGGCCAAUAUCGGCUUUGCCCUUGAUUUCGUGGUGGAGAAUCACUUCACCCGGGCAGGGGGCAGCCGCGUGGACGAAGGGGUUCCCCAGGUGCUGGUGCUCAUAAGUGCCGGGCCUUCUAGUGACGAGAUCCACGACGGGGUGGUGGCGCUGAAGCAGGCUAGCGUGUUCUCUUUCGCCCUCGGAGCCCAGGCCGCCCCCAGGGCAGAGCUUCAGUACAUAGCUACCAAUGACAACUUGGUGUUUACUGUCCCGGAAUUCCGUAGCUUUGGGGACCUCCAGGAGCAAUUACUGUCGUACAUUGUUGGCGUGGCCCAAAGGCUCAUUGUCUUGCAACCGCCAACCAUUGUCACACAAGUCAUUGAAGUCAACAAGCGGGACAUACUUUUCCUUGUGGAUGGCUCAUCAGCACUGGACCUGUCCAACUUCAAUGCCAUCCGGGAUUUCAUUAUCAAGGUCAUCCAGAGGCUGGAAAUUGGACAGGAUCUCAUCCAGGUGGCAGUGGCUCAGUACGCAAACACUGUGAGGCCAGAGUUUUAUUUCAGUAGCUACCCCAGCAAGAAGGAGGUCAUUACCGCCGUGCGGAGAAUGAAGCCCAUGGGAGGCUCGGCCCUGAACACGGGCGCCGCUCUGGACUUCGUUAGGAACAACCUGUUCACUAGUGCGGCAGGGCACCGGGUCGUCGAGGGGGUCCCCAAGCUCCUGGUGCUGAUUACAGGCGGUAAGUCCCUAGACGAAGUCAGCCAGCCGGCCCAGGAGCUGAAGAGGAGCAGCAUCCUGUGCUUUGCGGUUGGGAGCAAGGCUGCCGACCAGGCGGAGUUGGCGGACAUGGCCUUUGAUUCGUCGCUGGUGUUCACCCCGGCUGAGUUCCAAGCUGCCCCUUUGCAAGGCAUGCUGCCCAGCUUGCUGGCGCCUCUCAGGACCCUCUCCGGAACCACGGAAGUUCACGUAAACCCAAGGGAUAUCAUCUUUCUUUUGGAUGGAUCGCUCAACGUUGGAAAGACCAACUUCCCCUAUGUGCGGGACUUUGUAAUGAACGUAGUUAACAGCCUUGAUGUUGGAAGCGACAGUAUUCGUGUGGGUUUAGUGCAAUUUAGUGACACUCCGGUCACGGAGUUCUCCCUAAACACGUACCAGACAAAGUCAGAUUUGCUUGCUCAUCUGAGACAGCUGCAGCUCCAGGGGGGGUCAGGCCUGAACACGGGCUCGGCCCUGCGCUAUGUCCAUGCCAACCACUUCAUCGAAGCUGGCGGCAGCAGGAUCCGCGAACACGUCCCACAGCUCCUGCUCCUGCUCACAGCAGGGCGGUCUGAGGACUCCUAUUUGCAAGCCGCCAAUGCACUAGCCCGAGAGGGCGUCCUGACCUUUUGUGUGGGAGCCCACCAGGCGGAUAAGGCCGAGCUUGAGCAGAUUGCUUUUAACCCGAGCCUGGUGUAUCUCAUGGAUGAUUUCCGCUCCCUGUCAGCUUUGCCGCAGCAGCUGAUUCAGCCCCUAACCACAUAUGUUAGUGGAGGUGUGGAGGAGGUGCAACUCACCCAGCCAGAAAGCAAGCGAGACAUUCUAUUCCUCUUUGAUGGCUCAGCCAAUCUUGUGGGCCAGUUCCAUGUCGUCCGUGACUUUCUCUACAAGGUGAUCGAUGAGCUUGAUGUGAAGCCAGAUGGGACCCGAAUUGCAGUGGCUCAGUACAGCGACAAUGUCAGGGUCGAGUCUCAUUUUAAUCAGCACCAGAACAAGCCUGAAAUCCUGAAUCUCGUGAAGAGAAUGAAAAUCAAGACUGGCAAAACCCUCAACGUGGGCUAUGCCCUGGACUAUGCACUCAGAUCCAUUUAUGUGAAGUCUGCUGGGAGCCGGAUAGAGGAUGGAGUGCCCCAGUUCCUGGUGCUGCUGGUGGCAGGACGCUCGUUUGAUAGUGUGGAAGGGCCGGCACGCCUGCUGAAGGAGAGGGGGGUGGUGCCUUUUGUGUUACAGGCCAAGAAUGCAGACCCUGCCCAGUUAGAGCAGGUAGUACUAUCCCCCGCCUUUAUCUUGGCUGCAGAGUCACUUCCCAAGAUUGGAGAACUUCAACCACAGAUUGUGAAUCUCCUGAAAACAGUGCCUUCACCAGUUUCAGCUGAAAAGGAUGUGGUGUUUCUGCUCGACGGCUCUGACGGUGUCAGGAGCGGCUUCUCUCUGUUGAAGGAUUUUGUCCAGAGAGUGGUGGAGAGCCUGGAUGUGGGCCCAGACCGAGUCCGUGUGGCUGUGGUGCAGUACAGUGACCGGACCAGGCCCGAGUUCUACCUGAAUUCAUACAUGGAUCAGCAGAGUGUGGUCAAUGCCAUUCGAAGCCUGGCACUGCUGGGAGGGCCAACCCCCAACACCGGGGCCGCCCUGGACUUUGUCCUGAGGAAUAUCCUGAUUAGCUCUGCCGGAAGCAGGAUAGCAGAAGGCGUCCCCCAGCUCCUGAUCGUCCUCACAGCAGACAGGUCCGGGGAUGACGUGAGAGGCCCCUCGGUGGUCCUGAAGAGGGGCGGGGCUGUGCCCAUCGGUAUCGGCAUCGGGAACGCCGACAUCACGGAGAUGCAGACCAUCUCCUACAUCCCAGGCUUCGCCGUGGCCGUUCCCACCUUCGGGCAGCUGGAGAACGUCCAGCAGGACAUCUCCCAGAGGGUGACCCAGCUCACCAGAGAAGAGCUGAGGACGUUGCAGCCAGUGUUGAUUCAUCCACCGAGGCCAGGUGCAGGCAGCAAGAAGGAUGUGGUCUUUCUCAUUGAUGGGUCCCUACGUGCUAGCCCUGAGUUUCAGUACAUCCGCACCCUCAUUGAGAGGCUGGUGGACUCGCUGGACGUGGGCUUUGACACGACCCGGGUGGCAGUCAUCCAGUUCAGUGAGGACACCAAUGUGGAGUUCUUGCUCAAUGAAUACUCCAGCAAGGAGGAGGUGCAGAAUGCAGUGAGGCGGCUGCGGCCCAAGGGCGGGCGGCAGAUCAACGUUGGGAAUGCCCUGGAGUAUGUGUCAAAAAAUAUCUUCAAGAGGCCACUGGGGAGCCGGAUUGAAGAGGGCGUUCCUCAGUUCCUGGUCCUCAUUUCGUCUGGAAAAUCCGGGGAUGAGGUGGACGACGCGGCAGCAGAGCUCAAGAGGAAUGGCGUGGCACCAUUUACCAUCUCCAAGAGUGUGGACCAGGAGGAGCUGGUUAAGAUUUCCCUGAGCCCUGAGUACGUGUUCUCAGUGAGCACCUUCCGGGAGCUGCCCAGCCUGGAGCAGAGGCUGCUGACGCCUAUCACGACCCUGACCUCAGAGCAGAUUCAGCAGAUGCUGGCCCGCACUCCCUACCCUCCUCCCGCUGCCGAGAGCGAUGCUGCCGACAUUGUCUUCCUCAUUGACAGCUCCGAUGGUGUGACGUCUGAAGGCAUUGCACACAUCCGAGACUUUAUCAUCAGGAUUGUCCGAAGGCUCAACGUUGGCCCCAAUAAAGUGAGAAUUGGGGUUGUGCAGUUCAGCAAUGAUGUCUUCCCGGAAUUCCAACUGAAGACCCAUAAGUCCCAGGCCACUGUGCUCGAUGCCCUCCGCCGCCUGAGGUUCAAAGGCGGGUCUCCACUGAACACCGGCAGAGCUCUGGAAUAUGUGGCAAAAAAUCUCUUUAUCAAGUCUGCUGGGAGCCGGAGAGAAGACGGGGUGCCCCAACACCUGGUUCUGUUUCUGGGUGGAAAAUCCCGGGAUGACAUUUCCAGGCCUUCAAUUUUGUUACGCGAGGCAGGGAUUGUGAGUGUAGGGGUCGGAGACCGAAAAAUUGACAGCUUGGAGCUGGAGGCUAUCACCGGCUACCCCAGACUGGUCUUCACAGUGCGAGAGUUCAGAGAUCUCCCCAGUGUAGAAGAGAGGAUCAUGUACUCAUUAGGACCCUCGGGGAUCACACCUGCACCACCGGGAGUGGACAUACCCUCCCCCCCUCGGACAGAUAAAAAGAAAGCAGACAUUGUGUUCCUAUUGGACGGCUCCAUCAACUUCCAGAGGAGCAGCUUCCAGGAGGUGCUCCACUUCGUGUCUGAGAUCGUGGACACGGUUUAUGGACAGGGCGACUCCAUCCAGGUGGGGCUGGUCCAGUACAACUCUGACCCCACCGACGAGUUCUUCCUGAAGGACUUCUCCACUAAGCAGCAGAUUAUCGAUGCCAUCAACAAGGUGGUCUACAAAGGGGGGAGGCACGCGAACACCAAAGUGGCCAUCGAGCACCUGCGGCUGAAUCACUUCGUGCCGGAGGCGGGCAGCCGCCUGGAUCAGCGGGUCCCUCAGAUCGCGUUUGUGAUCACCGGCGGGAAGUCCAUGGAGGACGCUCAGGAGGCGAGCCUGGCACUCACCCAGAGAGGUGUCAAAGUGUUUGCGGUGGGCCUGGGAAACAUCGACUCAGUGGAGGUCGGGAAGAUUGCGUCCAACAGCGCCACGGCCUUUCGUGUGGGGAACAUCCAGGAGCUGUCAGAGUUGAAGGAGCAGGUGUUGGAAACUCUGGACGAUGCCAUGAAUGAGAUCUUGUGUCCGGGGGUGACGGAUGUUUCCAAAGCCUGUAAUCUGGAUGUGAUUCUGGGGUUUGAUGGUUCAAGAGAUCAGAAUGUCUUUGUGACUCAGAAAGGCCUUGAGUCUAAGGUGGACAUCAUCCUGAAUAGAAUCAGCCAGAUGCAAAGACUCAGCUGCAGCGGCGGCCAGAUGCCCACCGUGCGGGUGUCUGUGGUGGCCAACACGCCCUCGGGCCCUGUGGAGGCCUUCGACUUUGCCGAGUACCAGCCGGAGCUGUUUGAGAAGUUCCGGAACAUGCGCAGCCAGCACCCCUACGUCCUCACUGCGGACACGCUGAAGGCCUAUCAGAGCAAGUUCAGGCAGUCCUCGCCCGACAGUGUGAAGGUGGUCAUUCAUUUUACUGAUGGGGUGGACGGAGAUCUGGCUGAUUUACAAAAGGCGUCGGAGGACCUUCGACAAGAAGGUGUCCGAGCCCUGAUCUUGGUGGGACUGGAACGCGUGGCCAACCUGGAGCAGCUGAUGCAGCUGGAGUUCGGGCGAGGGUUCACGUACAACAGGCCCCUGAGGCUCAACUUGCUGGACCUGGACUACGAGCUCGCGGAGCAGCUGGACAACAUCGCUGAGAAAGCUUGCUGUGGGGUGCCCUGCAAAUGCUCUGGACAAAGGGGAGACCGAGGACCCAUCGGCAGCAUCGGGCCAAAGGGUAUUUCUGGAGAAGAUGGCUACCGAGGUUAUCCUGGUGACGAGGGUGGACCCGGCGAACGUGGUCCUCCUGGUGUGAACGGCACUCAAGGUUUCCAGGGCUGCCCCGGCCAGAGAGGAAUAAAGGGCUCUCGAGGAUUCCCAGGAGAGAAGGGUGAAUUGGGGGAAAUCGGACUGGAUGGUCUUGACGGGGAAGAUGGAGACAAAGGCGUGCCUGGUUCUUCCGGAGAGAAAGGGAAUCCCGGGAGAAGGGGUGACAAAGGACCUAAAGGGGACAGAGGAGAACGAGGAGACGCUGGAAUUCGAGGGGACCCGGGUGACUCAGGACGGGACAGCCAGCAGAGAGGACCCAAAGGAGAAACCGGAGACAUUGGGCCCAUGGGCCUCCCUGGGAGAGACGGCGUGCCCGGAAGGCCUGGCGAUCCCGGCAAGGACGGCGGCUAUGGCCGAAGGGGACCGGCAGGAGCUAAGGGCAACAGGGGUGGUCCAGGCCAGCCGGGCUCUGCAGGAGAGCAGGGGACCAGAGGUGCACAGGGUCCAGCUGGUCCCACCGGCCCUCCAGGCCUGAUGGGAGAACAAGGCAUUCCUGGCCCUCGGGGGAGCGGAGGGACCGCAGGCCCUCCGGGAGAACGUGGCAGAACCGGGCCCCUGGGAAGAAAGGGCGAGCCCGGAGAUCCAGGACCAAAGGGAGGAAUCGGGAAUCGGGGGCCCCGUGGGGAGACGGGAGAUGAUGGUCGAGAUGGGAUUGGCAGUGAAGGACGCAAAGGCAAAAAGGGAGAAAGAGGAUUUCCUGGAUACCCAGGUCCAAAGGGUACCCCCGGUGACCCAGGAACAGGGGGAUCACCAGGACCCAAAGGCAUCAGAGGUCGAAGGGGAAAUUCAGGGCCUCCAGGGACAGUGGGACAGAAGGGAGACCCUGGCUACCCGGGACCAUCUGGUCACAAAGGCAACAGAGGCGACUCGAUCGAUCAAUGUGCCCUCGUCCAGAGCAUCAAAGAUAAAUGUCCUUGCUGCUAUGGGCCCCUGGAGUGCCCCGUGUUCCCCACGGAACUGGCCUUUGCUUUGGACACCUCUGAGGGGGUCACCCAAGAUGCCUUUAGCCGAAUGAGGGAUGUGCUCUUGAAAAUCGUGGGCGACUUGACCAUUGCCGAGAGCAACUGCCCGAGGGGGGCCCGCGUGGCGGUGGUCACCUAUAACAACGAGGUGACCACGGAGAUCCGGUUUGCCGACUCCAAGAAGAAGUCCGUCCUCCUGGACAGGAUCAAGAACCUUCAGGUGGCUCUGACGUCCAAGCAGCAGAGCCUGGAGACUGCCAUGUCCUUCGUGGCCAGAAACACGUUCAAGCGAGUGAGGAAUGGAUUCCUGAUGAGGAAAGUGGCCGUUUUCUUCAGCAAUAAGCCCACGAGGGCAUCCCCACAGCUCAGGGAGGCUGUGCUGAAGCUGUCGGAUGCCGGGAUCACGCCCUUGUUCCUCACCAGCCAGGAGGACCGGCAGCUGAUCAACGCCCUGCAGAUCAAUAACACAGCUGUGGGGCAUGCACUGGUCUUGCCCGCCAGGAGGGACCUCACGGACUUCCUGAAGAACGUCUUGACUUGUCACGUUUGCUUGGACAUCUGCAACAUCGACCCAUCCUGUGGAUUCGGCAGCUGGAGGCCUUCUUUUAGGGACCGGCGAGCAGCAGGCAGCGAUGUGGACAUCGACAUGGCUUUCAUCUUAGACAGCUCUGAGUCCACCACCCUGUUCCAAUUCAACGAGAUGAAGAAGUACAUAGGGUACCUGGUCAGACAGCUGGACCUGAGCCCUGACCCCAAGGCUUCCCAACACUUUGCCCGAGUGGCCGUGGUGCAGCAUGCACCCUAUGAGUCCAUGGGCAAUGCCAGUGUGCCACCUGUAAAGGUGGAAUUCUCCCUGACUGACUAUGGCUCCAAGGAGAAGCUAAUGGAUGCCCUGGGCAACAGGAUGGCACAGCUGCAGGGGACCAGGGCCUUAGGCCGUGCCAUUGACUACACCAUAGAUCAUGUCUUUGAAAGUGCACCCAACCCACGGGACCUGAAAAUUGUGGUUCUGAUGCUGACAGGGGAGGUACAGAAGCAACAGCUGGAGGAGGCCCAGAGAGCCAUCCUGCAGGCCAAAUGCAAGGGCUACUUCUUUGUGAUUCUGGGCAUUGGCAGGAAGGUCAACGUCAAGGAGGUAUACAGCUUCGCCAGCGAGCCAAGUGAUGUGUUCUUCAAGCUUGUGGAUAAGUCCACUGAGCUCAACGAGGAGCCUCUCAUGCGCUUUGGGAGGCUGUUGCCCUCCUUUGUCAGCAGUGAAAAUGCUUUUUACUUGUCCCCUGAUAUCAGGAAACAGUGCAGUUGGUUUCAAGGGGACCAACCGGCAAAGACUCCUGUGAAAUUUGGUCACAAACAAGUAAACACACCAAAUAAUGUUACUUCAAGUCCUACAUCCAAACCAGUCGCCGUGGUCAACCUGCCGGCCUCAAAGCCGGCUGCCUCAAGACCUGCAGCUGCAAGACCUGUGCCUGCCAAGCCUGAGGCCUCAAAGGUGGCCACAGUCAAACCUGCAGUGGCCGCAAAGCCCGUGGCAGCAGCAAAACCAGUGGCAGGAGCAAAACUGGUAGCAGGAGCAAAACCGGUGGCAGCAACAGCAAAGCCAGUGGCAGCAGCAAAGCCAGUGGAAGCAGCAAAACCGGUGGCAGAAACAGCGAAGCUGGUGGCAGCAGCAAAACCGGUAGCAGAAACAGCACCGGUGGCAGCAACAGCAAAGCCAGUGGCAGCAGCAAAGCCGGUGGCAGCAACAGCAAAGCCAGUGGCAGCAGCAAAGCCAGUGGAAGCAGCAAAACCGGUGGCAGAAACAGCGAAGCUGGUGGCAGCAGCAAAACCGGUAGCAGAAACAGCAAAGCCGGUGGCAGCAGCAAAGCCAGUGGCAGCAGCAAAGCCAGCAGCUGCAAGACCCCCUGCCGUUACCAAACCAGUGGCAGCAAAGCCUGAGGCCCCCAAGCCCCAGGCAGCCAGGCCGGCCACCACCAAGCCAGCCACUGCGAAGCCCGCGGUCAAGGCUGCCCGAGAGGUCCAGGUGCUGGAGAUCACCGAGAACAGCGCCAAACUCCACUGGGAGAGGCCGGAGCCCCCCAGCCCUUACUUUUACGACCUCACCGUUACCUCAGCCCAUGACCAGUCCCUAGUUCUGAAGCAGAACCUCACGGUCACGGACCGCGCCAUUGGGGGCCUGCAAGCUGGGCACACGUACCAUGUGGUGGUGGUCUGCUACCUGAGGUCUCAGGUUAAGGCCAUCUACCGUGGAAGUUUCAGUACAAGGGAAACUCAGCCUCCACCUCCACAACCAGCAAGGCCGGCCUCUAGUUCAACCUUCAAUCUCAUGGUGAGCACAGAACCGCUGGCUGAGAAUGAAAUAGAUAUCUGUAAGCUGCCCAAAGAAGAAGGAACGUGCAGAAAUUUUGUGUUGAAAUGGUACCACAACGCGCAGACCAAGACCUGUGGGAGGUUCUGGUAUAGAGGGUGCGGCGGAAACGAGAACAGAUUCGAUUCACAGGAAGAAUGCGAGAAGGUUUGCUCUCCUGGGCUUGUCAACCCCAAAGUCAUGGCUGUGAUCGGGACCUAAGCAAUGGCCGACCAGGGACACGUACCUCUUGAAGAAGAAGGAGUCAGCCAUGUCCAAGCCGUCUUCAUAGAAGCUCCGGGUAUUGAUUCCCUGGCACCGUACCAUUUCAUGCUUUGAUUUACACUCGAACUUGGGGAGCCGUCUGCCGCACGACCUAUCAACAUGGUGCUAGUGUGCCUGUGGGCCCACGCUCUGGUCCCCAGGCAGUGACCACGUAUACUUUGAACGUGUGUAAUAGCCACUGCUGGUGUCUAUGUGAACAUGUCUAAACAUUCAAAUCCCCUCUGCAGUUUCAUGUUCUGCCUGUUCCAGGCAAACAUAAGGUCUAGAAAAUAGCCCCCAACUUCACAGUUACUCUCUAUCCUUCCGCUUGGUUCGUCUCUUUCCCUCCCAGUUAAGCAUGACUUUAGAUGGAUAGCCUGUUCUGGCGAAUAAACAACUACCCAAUGUUUCCAUUUUUCUCCCCAAAUCCUGGAUUAGAGUCCAAGAGAACUUUCUUUUUCUAAAUCCUCUAACAAACCAUCUGGUUGGAAGGAAGCAGACUCUCUUAAUCUCUGUGCACUGCUACGGGACCAAUGCCUUCAUUAAAGAGUGAAAAGAAAGUCAUAAUAGAGAAUAUUUUUGGCAUUCCUCUAAUGUUGUGUUUUUUGUUUAUUUUUUGGUGCAGGGG